UUACUAUCCAAGAUGGCGACGAAGAAAUGGCUUUGAUUAAUCAAACAGCUGUAACAUUUUGUCUUAUCUCUGAAAAUGGGUUCUCAAGUGAAAGAUGUCAAACUCCCUCCUAAUUCGCCAACACAACUGGUGUUGAACAAGCACGCUGAUUUUAUUGCAGCAUAUGGGAAGAAGAAAGACGACUAUGAGUACUGUAUUACAGAAUAUUUACGCAUGAGUGGAGUGUACUGGGGUCUAACAUCAAUGUUUCUUAUGAACAAGCAAGAUAUGAUGGAGAAAGAUGAAAUCAUUGAGUUUGUCAAGUCUUGUCAACAUGAAAAUGGUGGAUUCAGUGCCAGUCAUAACCAUGACCCUCAUCUGCUGUACACACUAAGUGCCAUCCAGGUUUUAUCACUUUAUGGAUGCAUUGAACUAAUAGAUGUCAAUAAAACAGUGGACUAUGUAUCAAAGCUUCAGCAAGCUGAUGGAUCAUUUGUAGGAGACAAGUGGGGGGAAGUUGAUACAAGGUUUUCAUUUUGUGCUUUGGCUAGCUUAAAGUUGCUGGGCCACCUGGAAGCAGUAAACGUACCAAAGGCUGUUGAAUAUGUGUUGUCAUGUAUGAAUUUUGACGGCGGCUUUGGUUGCAGACCAGGAUCAGAGUCACACUCAGGGCAGAUUUAUUGCUGUCUUGGUGCUUUUGCCAUAGCUGACUCUCUCCAUCAUGUGAAUGCUGAUAUGUUAGGAUGGUGGCUUUGUGAGCGACAACUGCCAUCUGGUGGUUUAAAUGGUCGUCCAGAGAAACUCCCAGAUGUUUGUUACUCAUGGUGGGUGUUGGCAUCACUCAAGAUCAUCGGAAAAUUACAUUGGAUAGAUAAGGACAAAUUAGAGAGUUACAUCCUUGCCUGUCAGGAUGAAGAGACGGGUGGAUUUGCUGAUAGACCGGGUGAUAUGGUCGAUCCGUUCCACACGCUGUUUGGCUUAGCAGGUUUGUCUCUGUUGGGAUCUUCCGAGGUUAAACCUGUCAAUCCUGUUUACUGUUUACCUGAGGAAACAAUCGAAAAUUUAAACAUUCGACCUGAACUACUGGCGUGAGGGUUGAACGCGGACUUCUUCAGCUGUGUACACAUCGAGUAAACGUGACCAAAGAGUAUCCAGUUUACUACGAGGAGAAGAAAGGGGGAAGGGGAAGAACUUGCGAUAGUCACGUGAACAGGAUUCUUCAGACAACAAGCUAGUGCAGGAUGAAAACAUACCUUUAAUUUCUGGACUGUUUAAAGGCCAGGCCGUAAAGAUUUUGGCCACCCUGUUCGUGGUCGUAUCAUCAAGGAGUCGUUGCACAGCCUUAGUAAUUUAAAUGAGUUUCGGAAAAAUCUUAUUGAAUUAAAUUGGUACCCAAGG